GGACAGUUGGUGCGGGGUGUGUUUUCAGAAGCUAGCUCAUAUAGAUUUGUGGCACACGAUCUGUACGUUUUUAUUGUAUAUAUAUAUAUAUUUUUUAUAUAACAAUCAUGACAUCUACCAUUGAUGAUAGUGACAAAGAAAAGGCCCUCUCUGUGUCUGUGGACCUAAACAACGACACCUCUCUACUCAUCGACAUUCCUGAUGCACUCUGCGAACGAGACAAAGUCAAGUUCACUGUCCACACCAAGACCACCCUGAGCUCCUUUCAGAAGCCAGACUUCUCUGUUCCUAGGCAACAUGAGGACUUUAUCUGGCUCCAUGACGCUCUGGUUGAAACUGAAGACUACGCUGGGCUCAUCAUCCCUCCAGCGCCCCCGAAGCCAGACUUUGAGAGCCCCAGGGAGAAGAUGCAUAAACUGGGCGAGGGAGAAGCCACCAUGACCAAGGAGGAAUACACCAAGAUGAAGCAGGAGUUGGAGGCUGAGUACCUGGCUGUUUUCAAGAAGACUGUUCAAGUCCACGAAGUAUUUCUGCAGCGUCUAUCUUCUCACCCCAUCCUGAGCAAGGACAGAAACUUCCAGAUAUUCCUGGAGUAUGACCAGGAUCUGAGCGUACGGAGGAAAAAUGCCAAGGAGACGUUUGGGAGUUUCUUUAAGAACAUGGUGAAGAGUGCUGAUGAGGUCAUCAUCUCAGGGAUAAAGGAAGUAGAUGAUUUCUUUGAGCAGGAAAAGACCUUCCUGCUUGAUUAUUCGUCCAAGAUCAAAGACUCCACUGCCAGGGCGGAGAAGAUGACCCGCUCCCACAAAAAUGUUGCUGAUGAUUACAUACACAUCUCUUCUACUUUGAGCAGUCUCUCUGUCGAUGACAACACAGCACUUAAAAAGCACUUUGAGAAGUUAUCUGACCUGUUUGAGAGACUCCGGAAAGUGGAGGGUAGAGUGGCGUCGGACCAGGAGCUGAAGCUCACAGAGCUACUACGCUACUACAUGAGGGACAUCCAGGCAGCCAAGGACCUGUUGUACAGACGGGCCAGGACCCAGGCAGACUAUGAGAACAGUAACAAGGCUCUGGAUAAGGCCCGGCUGAAGAGUAAAGCUGUUGCUGCUGCAGAGGAGCAACAACAACAGUGUCUGCAGAGGUUUAACAAGCUUUCUGAGUCGGGAAAAAGAGAGCUGACCAGUUUUAAGGGCAGGAGAGUGGUGGCUUUCCGGAAGAAUCUAAUAGAGAUGGCUGAGCUGGAGAUUAAGCAUGCUAAGAACAACAUGUCUCUGCUGCAGGACUGCAUUGAGCUUUUCAAGAGCAGCUGAGCCACUGGUCUCUUACCAACCCUCCCAGACCACUGACCAGCUGGGUUUGGCGCCAGUCUGUUUCUGCUCUCUUGCCUACUCCUUACGGAAUCGUUGUGCAAAACCGUGACUGGAGUAGGAAAAAUCACAAAGUGGAUCUGGGACCAGGAUACUGACCAGCAGGCUUUGAGAAGGGAACCUGGAUACCACUCCUCUCCACCCCACAUGUGUCAAACUCAUUCCACAAUGGAUUUUCGCUCCACCCUUGUACUUGAUUGAUGAAUUAAGGUCACUAAUUAGUAAAGAACUCUCCUCACCUGGAUGUCUAGGUCUUAAUUGAAAGGAAAAAACAAAAACCCGCAGCCACUGGGCCCUCGGUGGAAUGAGUUUGACACCCCUCUACUCCUGGGGGAACCUGGAUACCCAAUGCCCUAUACCCUCUUCCUCCAGGGGAACUUGGGUCGUGUUCAAUUAGGUCACACAUUCCCUUUGCAACGGGAAAACAAAAAUAAGCUUCUUUUUUUUAAUUGGACAAGAUAGUUCCUCCCCGUUUCACUCAUUUGCGGGGCGUUUCGUGCCUUGAACCCGAUCCUGGAUACUCCCUUCCUCCAUCCCAAUAAUGCCACUUCAGAAACCUGCAUGUGUCUGUUAUGACUGUUUUCUGCCUGGAUGUUUAGUCUCUGUCCACCAGCCCCUCCGUGUAUCCUUCUACCCCCUCCGUGUCCCAUGGAACACUCCCCCUUUAGUGAUGACAGCAUUCCAGAACGGGGAGAAUCCAGCAUCCUGUCCACCUGCCCCUCCGUGUCUCCUUCUACCCCUCCGUGUCCCAUGGAACACUCCCCCUUUAGUGAUGACAGCAUUCCAGAACAGGGAGAAUCUAGCAUCCUGUCUACCUGCCCCUCGGGGUCUCCUUCUACCCCCUCCGUGUCCCAUGGAACACUCCCCCUUUAGUGAUGACAGCAUUCCAGAACAGGGAGAAUCUAGCAUCCUGUCUACCUGCCCCUCGGGGUCUCCUUCUACCCCCUCCGUGUCCCAUGGAACACUCCCCCUUUAGUGAUGACAGCAUUCCACAACGGGGAGAAUCCAGCAUCCUGUCCCAUCUUCUGACCUUUCUCCUCCCAUCUGUUUUUCAAUCGUGGGUCAUCUGAAUGGUGGGUCAUCUGAAUGGUGGGUCAUCUGAAUGGUGGGUCAUCUGAAUGGUGGGUCAUCUGAAUGUUUGUCCAACAGUGGUGGUACCACUGCCAUGAUACCAGUGCUACGUGAUACUGAAGUGAUCCAUGCCAUGAUACCAGUGCUACGUGAUACUGAAGUGAUCCAUGCCAUGAUAUCAGUGCUACGUGAUACUGAAGUGAUCCAUGCCAUGAUACCAGUGAUACUGAAGUGAUCCAUGCCAUGAUACCAGUGCUACGUGAUACUGAAGUGAUCCAUGCCAUGAUACCAGUGAUACUGAAGUGAUCCAUGCCAUGAUACCAGUGCUACGUGAUACUGAAGUGAUCCAUGCCAUGAUACCAGUGAUACUGAAGUGAUCCAUGCCAUGAUACCAGUGCUACGUGAUACUGAAGUGAUCCAUGCCAUGAUACCAGUGAUACUGAAGUGAUCCAUGCCAUGAUACCAGUGCUACGUGAUACUGAAGUGAUCCAUGCCAUGAUACCAGUGAUACUGAAGUGAUCCAUGCCAUGAUACCAGUGCUACGUGAUACUGAAGUGAUCCAUGCCAUGAUACCAGUGCUACGUGAUCCAUGCCAUGAUACCAGUGCUACGUGAUCCAUGCCAUGAUACCAGUGCUACGUGAUACUGAAGUGAUCCAUGCCAUGAUACCAGUGCUACGUGAUACUGAAGUGAUCCAUGCCAUGAUACCAGUGCUACGUGAUACUGAAGUGAUCCAUGCCAUGAUACCAGUGCUACGUGAUACUGAAGUGAUCCAUGCCAUGAUAUCAGUGCUACGUGAUACUGAAGUGAUCCAUGCCAUGAUACCAGUGCUACGUGAUACUGAAGUGAUCCAUGCCAUGAUACCAGUGCUACGUGAUACUGAAGUGAUCCAUGCCAUGAUACCAGUGAUACUGAAGUGAUCCAUGCCAUGAUACCAGUGCUACGUGAUACUGAAGUGAUCCAUGCCAUGAUACCAGUGAUACUGAAGUGAUCCAUGCCAUGAUACCAGUGCUACGUGAUACUGAAGUGAUCCAUGCCAUGAUACCAGUGCUACGUGAUCCAUGCCAUGAUACCAGUGCUACGUGAUCCAUGCCAUGAUACCAGUGCUACGUGAUACUGAAGUGAUCCAUGCCAUGAUAUCAGUGCUACGUGAUCCAUGCCAUGAUACCAGUGCUACGUGAUACUGAAGUGAUCCAUGCCAUGAUACCAGUGCUACGUGAUCCAUGCCAUGAUACCAGUGCUACGUGAUACUGAAGUGAUCCAUGCCAUGAUAUCAGUGCUACGUGAUACUGAAGUGAUCCAUGCCAUGAUAUCAGUGCUACGUGAUACUGAAGUGAUCCAUGCCAUGAUACCAGUGCUACGUGAUCCAUGCCAUGAUACCAGUGCUACGUGAUACUGAAGUGAUCCAUGCCAUGAUACCAGUGCUACGUGAUACUGAAGUGAUCCAUGCCAUGAUACCAGUGCUACGUGAUACUGAAGUGAUCCAUGCCAUGAUAUCAGUGCUACGUGAUACUGAAGUGAUCCAUGCCAUGAUACCAGUGCUACGUGAUCCAUGCCAUGAUACCAGUGCUACGUGAUACUGAAGUGAUCCAUGCCAUGAUACCAGUGCUACGUGAUACUGAAGUGAUCCAUGCCAUGAUACCAGUGAUACUGAAGUGAUCCAUGCCAUGAUACCAGUGCUACGUGAUACUGAAGUGAUCCAUGCCAUGAUACCAGUGAUACUGAAGUGAUCCAUGCCAUGAUACCAGUGCUACGUGAUACUGAAGUGAUCCAUGCCAUGAUACCAGUGCUACGUGAUACUGAAGUGAUCCAUGCCAUGAUACCAGUGCUACGUGAUCCAUGCCAUGAUACCAGUGCUACGUGAUACUGAAGUGAUCCAUGCCAUGAUACCAGUGCUACGUGAUACUGAAGUGAUCCAUGCCAUGAUAUCAGUGCUACGUGAUACUGAAGUGAUCCAUGCCAUGAUACCAGUGCUACGUGAUACUGAAGUGAUCCAUGCCAUGAUACCAGUGCUACGUGAUACUGAAGUGAUCCAUGCCAUGAUAUCAGUGCUACGUGAUACUGAAGUGAUCCAUGCCAUGAUACCAGUGAUACUGAAGUGAUCCAUGCCAUGAUACCAGUGCUACGUGAUACUGAAGUGAUCCAUGCCAUGAUACCAGUGAUACUGAAGUGAUCCAUGCCAUGAUACCAGUGCUACGUGAUACUGAAGUGAUCCAUGCCAUGAUACCAGUGCUACGUGAUACUGAAGUGAUCCAUGCCAUGAUACCAGUGCUACGUGAUACUGAAGUGAUCCAUGCCAUGAUACCAGUGAUACUGAAGUGAUCCAUGCCAUGAUACCAGUGCUACGUGAUACUGAAGUGAUCCAUGCCAUGAUACCAGUGCUACGUGAUACUGAAGUGAUCCGUCGGCCCGGUCUAGACUCGUGAGUGACUAGUGACUCAAUAUUCAGUGGACCAGGCUGAGACCUUUGACACUGUCAGUGAAGUCCACCCAUAGUAGAGGACUGUAUGCAGUUGGUUCUAGUUAACAUUUGAAGCAAUAGACUUACAUGGCCAUAUUGGCUAUUGGAGAGUAACUCUGGUCCCAGCACUUAUUCGGAGGUGUGUGUGUACUUCAGCGUCAGCUUGUAGCUGUUGUCUAUGUCCCAAUUCUUUCACAUGCUUCGCUAAGUGUGCACUUGUUCACUUCCCUUCAUGGAUUUUUAAAGGGACUGACUAGUGUAAGAAAAUUGGGGGAUACUCCCAUGCUUACACCAAUGAUCCAAUGCUUUUAUUUGUGUGGAGAGGAUGAAUGUGCACUACCUAGAUAAGUAGAAUGUUCCUGAUAUCCUGCUGUGUUUACCAGUGUGGCUUCCUGUGCACUUCAUUGAUAUCCUGCUGUGUUUACCAGUGUGGCUUCCUGUGCACUUCAUUGAUAUCCUGCUGUGUUUACUAGUGUGGCUUCCUGUGCACUUCAUUGAUAUCCUGCUGUGUUUACUAGUGUGGCUUCCUGUGCACUUCAUUGAUAUCCUGCUGUGUUUACUAGUGUGGCUUCCUGUGCACUUCAUUGAUAUCCUGCUGUGUUUACUAGUGUGGCUUCCUGUGCACUUCAUUGAUAUCCUGCUGUGUUUACUAGUGUGGCUUCCUGUGCACUUCAUUGAUAUCCUGCUGUGUUUACUAGUGUGGCUUCCUGUGCACUUUCUCUUAGGAAGAUGUACUGAGCAACACUAGCCUAUCCUCCCAUCCAAUCAUCUUGCUUAGUACUGCUGGUGCAGGAUUGGUUUGAAGAAUAGCAUUUUAGGGUUCUUAUUUCUCCUAUUGCUUUAUGUUAUUGACGGAACCUUUUUUAUAAUGUUAAACUAGCCUGCGGUGCCGGGCCUGUAAGCCUGCGGUGCCGGGGGCCUGUAAGCCUGCGGUGCCGGGGGCCUGUAAGCCUGCGGUGCCGGGCCUGUAAGCCUGCGGUGCCGGGCCUGUAAGCCUGCGGUGCCGGGGGCCUGUAAGCCUGCGGUGCCGGGGGCCUGUAAGCCUGCGGUGCCGGGGCCUGUAAGCCUGCGGUGCCGGGGGCCUGUAAGCCUGCGGUGCCGGGGGCCUGUAAGCCUGCGGUGCCGGGGGCCUGUAAGCCUGCGGUGCCGGGCCUGUAAGCCUGCGGUGCCGGGCCUGUAAGCCUGCGGUGCCGGGGGCCUGUAAGCCUGCGGUGCCGGGGGCCUGUAAGCCUGCGGUGCCGGGGGCCUGUAAGCCUGCGGUGCCGGGGGCCUGUAAGCCUGCGGUCUUGCCUACUCCUUAUGGAUUUGUCAUGCCAUCUUCAACUUGGCAAUGGAGUUGGUAAACAAAUCAGGGACCAGGCUGUGGGGAGACCGCAGAUCUGGGACCAGGCUGUGGGGAGACCGCAGAUCUGGGACCAGGCUGUGGGGAGACCGCAGAUCUGGGACCAGGCUGUGGGGAGACCGCAGAUCUGGGACCAGGCUGUGGGGAGACCGCAGAUCUGGGACCAGGCUGUGGGGAGACCGCAGAUCUGGGACCAGGCCUAAACAUAUUAACCUGUAAGAGAAAAGGGUUCAUAUUGAAACCAAAAGGAUUGAAUUCUUUGAAUUGUUUUGUAAAUGAAGUGAUUUUGUUUUGUACAUUCUAUCUAUGGUGGUAAAUACGUAACAAUCAUUUCCAUGCCCAGAGAGGGCUGUCUUUAUAAAGUGUUGUUCAUAAUUCAAUGGAUUUCUAAAUCAUUCCAACUGUGUGAACCUUUGCAAUAAUUACAUUAAAUAAGUCCUACUUUCCAAAAUC